UCAGAAGUUUCAUGCCUGGAUGAAUGUACAAAUAAUAGCAAAAUAAGGACAACAGGAAGAAGAAAGAUGAUUUGAUAACCAAAACUUCAUGGAAUUUUCUAGCUAAAAAGACUCCACUUCAACCUCUAGACUGUGACUGUUCGUUGAGCACCUACUGCGCUGGGUGCUGUGCUGGGGAAAGACACACAGCCUUGCUCUCAGGGAGCUCGUAGUCUGGCCCGGGAGAUGGGGCCCAGGCAGCAAACUGAGGAUGAAGAAGGCCAUGCUGCAGCGAGGGGCCACGGGGGUCUGUGAGGGAAGGAAACAGCAACUACUAUGGAUGGUGGGAGCGGGGACGGCCUCCCCCACCAGAGCCGAAGGAUGAAGUGAGCAGUGAAGACCAGGCGCUGGCGAAUGCACGUCCCCGGGUCGGGCUCCCCCCUGUUCGGGAAGGAAAACCGGGCGGCCGGGCUACCUUGGGAAGGAAAGAAGCCGCGAGCCAAGACCUUGACCCAAGAGAAAGCCGGGGGCGCACAGAGGCCAGAAGAGAAACCUCGAGGCGCACAGCGAGCAAACCCGACGCCGCCGAGCCGGGAGCGCCGCUGGCUCCGCGCACUAGGGCGUAGCCCAGGGAACGCGCGCCGGCCCAUCUAGUUAGUCGGGGCGUGCUUCCUGGAGGAGGAGAAGAAGAGUUUACCACUCGAGCAACUGGGAUGAAUGGAGGGGGCGGGGCAGCUGGCAGGCUGGGCCUUGCCGAGGCCCCCUGCCGAGCCGAGGGCGGGGGGCCUGCAGCGCGCAUAAAGCUGACGCUCGGCGAGUCCUCCGGCUACCCGCCGCAGAGGCACAACUUCGUGGGUCCUUGGGCCCGUCGAGCUUCUUCCCAGAAACUUCCCAGCCCCGCCCAGCCCCUAAUCCGGCGACGCCUGGGCGGGCACGCGGGCGCGUAGGAGCCCGACCUACACGUUCUGGCGGAGUCGCCCCGGGCUCCCGGGAGCAGCCUGCUCGGGACCGACAGGAGCGCGGAGUACUCCUCUAACAUGUCGCAGAACGGGUACCUUGAGGAUGCAGGCUACCUCAAGUGUGAAAUGGAUGAUGCCUCUGAAACCCGUGAGGAGAGCCUGGGGGAUGAGGCCUUCGACACGGUCAACUCCUCCAUCGUGUCUGGCGAGAGCAUCCGUUUUUUUGUCAACGUCAACCUCGAGGUGCAGCCCACCCAGGCUGCCGAGAGUGAAUCGCCUGGCGGCUGUGGGCUCCUACACACCUCCCGCAAGUACCUGAAGCUAAAGAACUUUGAGGAAGAGAUCCGGGCACACCGGGACCUAGAUGGCUUCCUGGCCCGGGCCAGCAUCAUCCUGAACGAGACGGCUACCUCGCUGGAUGACGUGCUGCGUGCCAUGCUGUGCCGCUUAGCCCACGACCCCCACAACACUGAGCCUGACUGCAACUUGGACCUGUUCAUGGCCAUGCUCUUCACCGAUGCCGGGGCCCCCACAGAGGGGAAAGCCCACCUGCUGUCAGAUACCAUCCAAGGGGUCACUGCCACGGUCACGGGGGUGCAAUACCAGCAGUCCUGGAUCUGCAUCAUCUGCACCUCCAAGGCCCUGCUGAAGCGACAUGUGUGCAUCAGCCGUCUGGUUCGCCCACAGAACUGGGGGGAGAAUUCAUGUGAGGUGCGGUUCGUCAUCCUGGUGCUGGCCCCGCCCAAGAUGAAAAGCACCAAGACUGCCGCGGAGGUGGGGCGCACGUUCGCCACCAUGUUCUUGGACAUCACCUUCCGCCAGAAGCUCCUGAACACCCGCACGGAGGAGGAAUUCAAGGAGGCCCUGGUGCAUCAGAGACAGCUGCUCACCGUGGUGAGCCAGUGCCCAGCCCUUGGCGCCAAGGGCUACAACAUGAACUCCAUCUGCAGACACAGACCCGCACAGCCCCUGAAGCACAAGGACUUUCUCCCUGUGGGGAAGGGCAUCCGGGAGGACAUUGCCCGCAGGUUUCCCGUGUACCCACUGGACUUCACAGACGGCAUUAUUGGGAAAAACAAGGCUGUGGGCAAAUACAUCACCACCACCCUGUUCCUCUACUUCACCUGCCUCCUGCCCACCAUCGCUUUUGGGUCCCUCAACGAUGAGAACACGAACGGGGCCAUCGAUGUGCAGAAGACCAUGGCGGGGCAGAGCAUCGGAGGCCUCCUGUACGCUCUCUUCUCAGGGCAGCCGCUCGUGGUGCUGCUGACCACUGCGCCCCUGGCCCUCUACAUCCAAGUAAUCUGUGGCAUCUGUGGUGACUACGAUCUGGACUUCAACACCUUCUACGCGUGGACGGGCCUGUGGAACAGUUUCUUUCUCGCACUUUAUGCCCUCUUCAACCUCAGUCUGGUCAUGCGUCUCUUCAAGAGGUCGACAGAAGAGAUCAUUGCCCUCUUCAUUUCCAUCACCUUCAUGCUGGAUGCUGUCAAGGGCAUGGUCAAAAUCUUCCAGAAGUACUACUAUGACCACGACUUCGGGAACUAUUAUACAGACAGCACUUCCCUGGUGAGCCUGCUGGGCCUCGGCACCAGCCUCAACACCAGCCUCCACACUGCCCUCAACACCAGCCUCCUGACCCGCCCGCCCCAGCUGACCUCCAUGAGCCACCAUGCCGAGCACCCGGGCCGGGAGACCGCCGUGCUCAGCCUCCUCAUCAUGCUGGGCACACUGUGGCUGAGCUACACCCUCUACCAGUUCAAGAAGAGCCCCUACCUGCACCCCUGCAUGCGGGAGAUCCUGUCAGACUGCGCCUUGCCCAUCUCGGUGCUCACCUUCUCCCUCAUCUCCUCCUACGGCUUCCGGGAAAUCAAGAUGAGCCAGUUCCGCUACAACCCCAGCAAGAGCCUCUUUGAGGUGGCCGAGAUGCACUCCCUGUCCCUGGGGGCCAUCGCCAGCGCCAUGGGCCUGGGCUUCCUGCUCUCCUUGCUCUUCUUCAUCGAGCAGAACUUGGUGGCUGCCUUGGCGAAUGCCCCAGAGAACAGGCUGGUGAAGGGCACUGCCUACCACUGGGACCUCCUGCUCAUCGCCGUCAUCAACAGCGGGCUGUCUCUGUUUGGGCUGCCCUGGAUCCACGCUGCCUACCCCCACUCCCCGCUGCACGUGCGGGCCCUGGCUUUGGUGGAGGAGCGUGUGGAGAACGGGCACAUUUAUGAGACGAUCGUGAAUGUGAAGGAGACGCGGCUGACCACACUGGGCGCCAGCAUCCUGGUGGGCUUUUCCCUCCUGCUGCUACCCUUCCCGCUGCAGUGGAUCCCCAAGCCCGUGCUCUACGGCCUCUUCCUCUACAUCGCGCUCACCUCCAUCGACGGCAACCAGCUCUUCGAGCGCGUGGCCCUGCUGCUCAAGGACCAGACCUCGUACCCGCCCACCCACUACGUCCGGAGGGUGCCGCAGAGGAAGAUCCACUACUUCACGGGCCUGCAGGUCCUGCAGCUUCUGCUCUUAUGUGCCUUCGGCAUGAGCAGCCUGCCCUACAUGAAGAUGAUCUUCCCCCUCAUCAUGAUUGCCAUGAUCCCCAUCCGCUACAACCUGCUGCCCCGAAUCAUUGAAGCCAAAUAUUUGGACGCCAUGGAUGCUGAGCACUGACUGGGGCCCUGACGUGCAGGCCCCGGCCAUAUCCCCUUCACUCGUCUCUCUGGCUCUGCCCAGGCUGACUCUGCGGCCAUGCGGGGGGGAGGUAUGGGUGUCCUCUGGGGUGGGGCUCUGUGCUGCACCCCGUCCCAGCUGUCCCAUCAGGCCUAGGGCAUCUAGGCAUAGGAAGGGGGGUGGGUGUUCCACGGUAGGUGCCCAUCCCUGUCCCCAUUAGCCUUUCGCUUGGGUCAGUAACACUGCUCAGGGCAACUUCUGUCCAGAGUAGGACUAAGCAGGACGGAUUUUCUUUUGAUAAAAGAGUCAGAUGUCUGAAAGAGAAACCAUUUCCUUGAUUGUGUAAGGAACUUGCUGUAUGCACCCUAGAGAAUAAAACUCCUGUUUCUA